AUGCCGGACUUCUCAGAUAAUCUGAAGCCGGCCUCGCCAACAGGGCCGGAAAUACUGUCAAAAGAAAGAGGGCAGUCAGAUGUACCGGUUGACGAGCUGUCGCAACACCUUCUCUCCAGAAAUGACUUCCUCUCCAGGCAACGGCGGAUUCUGCCAAUAAUCGAGAAAGAUCCAUUGUUCCGGAAGGAGAAGCAGCUGAACCUGGCAAGACCAGAACGCUACCAGCUAGGCCUGGCACGAGCCAAGAAACUCCGAAGGUACAUGGACCAACAUGCCUGGGACGAGGAAGACUUUAAGAUGGCAGAGUACCUGUGCGACGAUGUUAGUCCUUUCAUGGUCCACGAGGCGAUGUUCCCGACCACCAUUCGAGAGCAGGGCAGCGAGGAGCAAAGAAAGCACUGGUUGCCUCGAAUCGAACGGUGGGAGGUCAUAGGGUGUUAUGCGCAAACAGAGCUGGGCCAUGGCAGCAAUGUCAAAGGCUUGGAGUGUCGAGCGACGUGGGAUCCCAAAGCUGGAGAAUUCGUCAUUCACAGCCCAACACUAACGGCCAGCAAAUGGUGGAAUGGUAGCAUGGGACGUACUGCGAAUCAUGCUAUUGUUGUUGCACAGCUCCAUGUGCCCAAGUCGAGAGAGUCAACGGAGUUAAUCAACCACGGGCCACAUACAUUCAUCGUUCAGAUCAGAGAUAUGAAGACACACCAACCUCUGGAAGGCAUCGUUGUUGGAGACAUUGGCCCGAAGUACGGCUACGCUUCAAUGGAUAACGGGUACCUCUUACUUAACAACAUCCGGGUACCGCACUCUGCUAUGCUGUCGAAUUACUCGAGGAUAGACCCAAACAACUGUACCUAUACGAAGCCUGCCAACCCAGCUGUUGUAUACGGCAGUCUGACGGCAGUACGAGCCAGCAUCAUCAUGCAUGCGAGGCUGAUUAUCGCCCGAGCUGUAACGAUCGCUGUUCGAUAUGCUACGAUCAGAAAGCAAUUCCAGGACCGUGACAGCAGCGACAAAUUUGCCCCAGAGAUGUCCGUGCUAGACUACCCAACAGUGCAGAUCCGCAUCCUACCACUCCUGGCCACAGCAUACGCACUACACUAUACUGGCGAGGCUAUGCACAAUUUGUACUCCAGCACCAGAGCCGAGAUCGACAAGGGAGAUUUCAGCAAACUCGCAAUACUACAUGCUCAGUCGUCUGGUCUCAAGAGCCUGUGCACCGAGUUGGCAGCCAACAGUAUCGAAACCUGUCGAAGGGCCAUGGGUGGUCAUGGCUUCAUGGCAUCGAGUGGCUUUAUUCAGCUUAACAAUGACUAUCUGUCCAAGCCCACAGUCGAAGGAGACAACUGGAUGAUCACGCAGCAGACUGCACGAUAUCUUAUCAAACAUAUGCAAGCAGCUGUGGCAUCGAAGGGCGAAGCACAGGACGACUUCGAGCAGAUCUGCCGAGACUGGCUGAAGAAUGAGAAGGGCUCGAAGCCAUCACCAUACCGCAUCUUCGACAGUGAUGAGCAGCUCAUGAAUGCCUUCCAUCGCAGGUCACGAGACAUCACGUAUCGUGCAUACGUUGAUCGGUUUGAGAAGAAGCGUAGCUGGAACAGCAUGCUCCUUCAACUUCGAAAAGCCAGCGUGGCUGAGUCACAGUCGAUACUGGUGACAAACUUCCACGAAGCUAUGUCGCGUUCCAACCUCUCAUCAACACUGAGAUCGCACCUCCAGCUCCAAUUCCGCCUGUUCGCUUACUUCACCAUGGACAACGAGGCUCGUGACUUUGCCAAGGCGAACGCUGUUUGUGACGAGGACCUGGACGAGCUGACUGCAAGGAUCCAGGAUCUCAUGGCUCAGAUCAGGCCUCAUGCUGUGAGGCUCGUCGAUGCGUGGAGUAUACCUGACUUCCUUCUGGACAGUGCUCUGGGAAGAUCGGACGGUAAGGUGUAUGAAGAUCUGUUCAACAGGGCCCAUAGACUGAACCCGCUGAACGAGAUUACGUUCAACUCGUAUUACAAAGAUGAGGAGAUCGUCAGAGGUGGCGGACUGGGCAUCAAGGACAUACUAGCCAAGCUAUAG